UUGUUUUGUAUUUUAAACAUACAUACAUAUAAAUAUAUACAUAAAUAAAUAGUAUAUUGGAAUAAUUUUUGUGAUUAGUUUGUUCUUAGUAUUGCUGUUGUAUCUAACAGAUACAAAAAACAAAGGAGAAACAAGAAAUUCGACUUGUACUCUGUGUAUCUGCGCGUAUACGUACGAGUGUUUGUGUGUGUAUUUUUAGUUUAAACAAAAAAGCAUAAAAAUAUUGCAAAACAUAACGAGUGGUUUUUGUUUUUGUUUCUAUUAAAACAUAAUUAUAAUAUUUUAGUUUAAUCUUGGAAUAAUCAAGAAAAAUUUAAGAUUAUCAACAAUAAUAAAAGAGAUGAAAUAAAUAAAUUUUGAAUCUUCACCUCUAUACGCAGAAUGAAAUCUUUAUGUAUCUAACUACAUUUUAAAAAGUUGCUGAACCAUACACAUCCAUCAUCAUCUUUUCCAUCAAUUCAUGCUCAUACAACAACUUGAGUAGUAGUACUUGAGAAGAUACAAUACAACAAUAGCAAUAAUAACAACAACAACAACAACGUCAUCAACAACAAACAAAAUAAACGUCACAAUUAUAAAAAUCUCAAAGGAGAAUGGCAGCCGGGCUACAAAACGAAUGACUUAAAAAUAAAAACAAACAAAAGAAAAACUAAAUUAAGUUGAAAAACAAAAAUAAAGCGGAAAAAAGGAACUUUUUCUAUUAAAUAAAGUGGAAAAAUCGAAAGAAAAUUAACAAAAAUAAACAAAUUAUUGUUACUAUAAUAAAAAUAAAUAAACAAAAAAAAAACAAAAAUAGAACAUGAUUAAUAAUGGAAAAGAUAGUUAUAGCAUAGAAACUGAAUAUUGCUGACACAGAACACAAAUGACAGACAGACAGAUAACUAGAUGGUUAAAUAGCUGAAUAAAAAAAAUAAAUAAAAAUAGAAAGUUAAAUUUAUCAUCAGACACUAAUCAGCAUAAUAAUAAAUCCUUAGUAGUUAAAGCAAAAAAGACAAAAGGCAAGAAAUCAGUUAAAACAUUAAAGAAAAUAUUACAAAACAACAGCAGAAAAAAAAAUGUUGUAAAUUAACAAUAACCACAAGUAUAAACAAACAUACAUAUUUAACAUUUAAACUUAUAUUGUGUUCUUAAAUUAACAAAGAAAAUAACAAAAAAUACUGUAGCAAAUAUUAAGAUGGAUGACGCCAUGAACAUGUCCCUGGUGCCAAGGGAAGAAUGCAUGAAUGCCAUUAUAAAGCCAGUAAAUAUGAUUGAUAAUUCUACAGCAGUUAGUUUUCAAAAAAAUCCAAUUAUUACCACAACAUCAUCAACGCCAACAAAUGUCAAUUCAAAUACUCAACAUUUAACAAAUACAUCACACUUACAACAACAACAUCUGCAGCAGCAGCAACAGCAGCCACAACAACAACAACAUAAUCAGUUGCCUUUGCAACCAGUCAACUUUGUGGGGAAUAAUUUAAAGAACGGCAUCUUAAGUUAUGGUUCCCAAAACAAUUUGUGCAAUGGCGGCAUAUCCGGUAAUCAUAUAUUGGCACCCAAAAUACCCAAUAACUGCAGCCCAAAUGGACAGAAAAAAGGCACAGUAUCAUUAUCUCAUUUGCCACAACGACCUCCGGUCGAUAUUGAAUUUACGGAAAUUUCCUAUUCAGUAUCGGAGGGACGACGGCGUGGCUUUAAAACAAUAUUGAAGGGAGUAUCGGGUAAAUUUCGUAAUGGUGAAUUGACAGCGAUUAUGGGACCGUCGGGAGCGGGCAAAAGUACACUUAUGAAUAUUUUAGCAGGAUACAAAACCUCUCAAUUAAGCGGCUCAGUUUUGAUUAAUGGCAAAGAACGUAACCUCAGACGUUUUCGCAAACUCUCCUGCUACAUUAUGCAGGACGAUGUGCUCAUUGCUAAUCUUUCGGUGCGUGAGGCCAUGAUGGUGUCGGCAAACCUUAAGUUGGGCAAGAACAUGAAUCUGGCUGCCAAGAAAGUUGUAGUGGACGAAAUACUGGAAACAAUUGGUAUGAUCGAAUCAAGCAAUACAAAGACAUGUAAUCUCUCCGGGGGACAACGAAAACGGCUGUCAAUUGCUUUGGAGUUGGUCAACAAUCCACCCGUUAUGUUUUUCGAUGAGCCCACCUCGGGCCUAGACAGUUCGACGUGCUUCCAAUUGAUAUCGCUGUUAAAGUCCCUGGCCAGAGGAGGUCGCACCAUAGUCUGCACUAUUCAUCAGCCUUCGGCUAGAUUAUUUGAGAAAUUCGAUCAUUUGUAUAUGCUGGCCGAGGGUCAGUGCAUGUACGAGGGCAGAGUUAGGGCAUUAGUGCCCUUUCUAUCCUCUCUGGGCUACGAUUGUCCUUCGUAUCAUAAUCCCGCCGAUUAUGUAUUGGAGGUGGCUAGCGGCGAGUAUGGAGAGUGUGUGCCAAAACUGGUGGCAGCCGUUAAGAGUGGCGUAUGCAAGAAAUACAGUCACAAAAACUAUGGCCUAGACUUAUCCAAAGAUAUUAACAAUGAUAUUAUCAAGGGGAAUGGCAAUGCAGCCAAUGGUGGCAACUCAACAAAUACCACCUCGGUGACCAUGGAGGAUGAAAAGCUGAAGCUAGAUGAACCCACAACAGCUGCUGCAUUAGAGCUUAAUUCGAGCAUUUUAAAACCACCGAAAUUGGAAUCACAGAAUAGUCAACAAUCCGAUUGUUCUGUCAUCAAUUUACCACGCAACGAUAAUGGUGAUGAUAGUUGUAGUUAUAGUUCUAAGGCCGCUCAAAGUACUAAUGCUGUUGCUAAUGUUGCAGGUGCGGGAGGCGGUACUGCUGGCGGAGGAGGAGGUGGUGGAGGCGGCAAUUCUAGCACUAAUGGUGCUGGCUGUACUACAUCUUUAUUGGAUUCACAUGAAUCGGUUAUAACGCUGCCGAAUAAAUCCGGUUUUCCCACCAGUGGUUGGACACAAUUUUGGAUUUUGCUCAAACGUUCCUUUGUCACCAUUAUGCGCGAUCGCAUGUUAACACACAUGCGUCUGGCUUCGCACAUAAUUGUGGGAGCCAUUAUUGGCAUGAUCUAUUAUGAUGUGGGCAAUGAUGCUUCUAAGGUAAUGAGUAAUGCCGGUUGUAUAUUCUUUACAACACUAUUUACCAUGUUUACGGCCAUGAUGCCCACAAUAUUGACAUUCCCUACGGAAAUGUCGGUAUUUGUAAGGGAGCAUCUAAACUAUUGGUAUUCUCUAAAGGCGUUUUAUUUUGCCAAAACUAUGGCGGAUUUACCAUUUCAGAUUGUCUUCUCUAGUGUUUAUGUCAUCGUUGUCUAUUAUUUAACAUCACAGCCCAUGGAACCACAGCGUUUAACAAUGUUUGUGGUCAUAUGUGUAUUAACAUCAUUGGUGGCCCAGUCGCUGGGCCUGCUCAUAGGUGCUGGUAUGAAUAUAGAAGCUGGAGUAUUUUUAGGGCCAGUAACAACAAUACCAACCAUAUUAUUUUCGGGAUUCUUUGUUAAUUUUGAUACCAUACCGGGAUAUUUACAAUGGGUGACAUAUGUGAGUUAUGUACGAUACGGUUUUGAAGGUGCCAUGGUUUCCAUUUAUGGCAUGGAUCGUGCUAAAUUACAAUGUGAUGCUAUUUAUUGUCAUUUUCGUAGUCCUAAAAAGUUUUUAGAAGAAAUGUCUAUGGAUCAAGCCGAAUAUUGGAUUGAUGCUGUAGCCUUAAUUGGCAUUUUUAUAGCUCUAAGAAUCAUUGCAUACUUUGUGUUGCGCUGGAAGUUACACAUGAUUCGUUAAAUCGAAAAUGCACUUGAUAUAUUCUUAUACAUACUUAUAAAAAUAUAUAUAGAGAGAGUACUCUGUACUGUGCUGUACUGUAGUUUUUUUUAGAGUUUAGGCGUAGGACUCUAGAGUGUUGGUUUUUUUAUUAGAAUUAUAUAGCAGAAAACAAACAAAAAAAAAGAAACCUUUCUAUUCUCAAUAUGGUGUGAUAUGUACGCAAUGUGUUUAAUUUUGUUUUUAUAUAUUUUUUUAUACUUUAUCAAAAUAUUUAAUAUAAUUUUAUUUUACUUUAAGUUUGUUUUUUUUAUAAUCUAUGAAUCUAUCUAAAUACAUUUUACAUAUUUAACUAAACAUACAAUACAAACAUACAUAUAAUGGGCAAAGCAAUUAUUUGAUAUUUUCAUUAACAUCAUUAUUGAAGUUGUAAUUUAAUUUUUUUUUUAAGAAAAUAAUGCGAUUUUAUAUUCAAAUUUUUGGGUUGGCAUUAGUUUGGUUUAUUUGGCAAGUUUUUAUUUAAAUUUUUCUAAAUAAAAUUAGGUAUUCUUAGGUUUUUAAAGGAAGUAAAUUAUAAUGAAGGCAUCACUCUGUAUGAUUUGAGAACAUGCAAUUUUUGUAAUAGAAAUUUUUUAAAUUUAAAGCUUAGGACAGGAGAGUUUUUUUCUUUUAUCUAGCAAUUGGUGUUCCCUGGAGCUAUUAAAUAAAAAAGUCAUAUCGGUCUUAAUAAAAGAUCAGAAAAAGGCGAAGUGUUCUAAAAAAUAAGGCUAUAUAAAAGCUAAAACUUCCUACUAUAUUUAUUUCUUUAAUGAAAUCAAAACCUUGCAAUUUGUCCCUGCUAAAAGUUACUGGGAUUAAACUAAAAAAAUAUAACUUUUAACUUCCCUAAAGGAUCCUAAAGACAUUCUUAAACUUUUAUAGGCAAAUAUUACUAAAAACCAUUUUUGGUGGAUUUAAGCUAUAAAAAGUUUAUUUUAAAGUUGAAUUUAACGGUUUAAACUUCAUUUCACCCUUGUGUAGGAAACCACACAAAACAAAUAUUUUUUAUUGAUUUUUUUUCUUGAAACACAUUGAUUUAUUAAAACAUUAUUUUCUUGCUUGUGACAUUGUUGACUCUUGUGUGUUGUUUUUCACACAUAUGUAAUUUCUAUGUAUUUUACACUAGGAACAGCAUUUUUUGUCAUCAAAUGUUUGUGUUGAACUAAUUUUUGAUGACAAACAAAUAAAAACAUUUUGAAUAUAAAAAAAAAUUAUGUUGUUAGUGUAAAAUACGCAGACAUACCACACGUGUGGAAAACAACACACGAGGGUUAAAAGACGAUAUAUUUCCAAACUGCCAAUAUGAUUUCAAAACGUUUGAUUAGCUUGUCUAAAAAGUGAUUAAACGAUGGAUUUACUUCCCAAUGCGAACUCGCAAUAUAAAAGUGAAGUCUUUUAAGAGCUCGAAUAAAUUUUACAAAAGCCAGAGCUCAAAUGUUCCGUAUCUUUUAAACAUCUUUAACAUUUAGAAACAACCAAAAAUUCGCUUGAAGCCAGAUCAGAUAAAUGGGUCCAUUUUUCUUUCGACUAUAGGUCUGAAAAAAUAGGCUGAAAUCGGGUGCUGUACCAGAAAAACUAUGAUGUAGUGAUGAAACUAAUGUGACUAGCUCUUGACGUGAUAUAAUUUAAUUUUAUAUUCCUUGAAAUUUGGGCAUUAUAUAACAAAUCAUGGGCAUUUUUUGACCAUUUUAAACAUUGCUCGGCACUUAUAGCCAGCAGGGGCCGAACGUGAACAUAUACAAAACGAUUAGCAUAAAGCCGAUUAAGUGGAUCGUUUGAGUGGAUGAUUAAUUUAUUACAUUGACCUUGAUAACGUAUUUUACUUUUUCACUAGAACACAUCAAAAGUAAAUCGUGAAGACGAUGCGUAAAUAGCUAUAUAUGCAUUUAAAACAGUAGUUGGCACUUGUAACUUACAGGGACCGAACCUAAUCGGCUAUUUACAUAUUCAAGGAAUUAAGGUCAUUAGCAGAGAUUGUAGUUCUCAGCUCGACUCAAAAAUGAUCACAAUUUAAUCCAGUUAGCGAGUAUUUAAAAUAUAUAAUCACUUGAUAAAAACGCAAAAAAUACUAGUAAGUUUCCCGAAAAAUUCUAGUGGAACGUCCUACAUAAAAUUAUGCUCAAAAAUUUUGUUAUUUUUUCGAAUUUGAUAUAUAAAUAGGAUCAAAAAGAUUCGUAUAUUUUAUAUUGUGUGCUUUUCAUAAAAAUGUUUUCGGCAUCUGGAAACUGGCAUUAAGUCUUCUUCAUAUCUCUAUCAGCAAUUCAAAAUUAUCUUUUCAAAAUGUUUUGUUUCAAAAAAAUAUAUAUUUUUCAUAAAUAGGAUGAAAAAUGUAUCAAUUGUAGUAACAUAUUUAAUAUUUUUUAGUUGUAAUUUUGAUCUAUAAGAGAUUUUGUAACUUAAUUACUUCGUAACUUCACAUAAACAGUUAGCACUCUUCGCAGCCAUUUAUUACUAGCUGAUAAUUAUGGUUGGAUUAUACUUUAGAGCACGACCAAUAUUUCCAAUUUACUUGAUAAAUUAUCUAAACAUUAUAGCGUUAAACGAGAAUUAAUCCUAAAAUAUACAUCGUUUUCUUAUAAUAUCAAUUAUAAUUUUAAAGUAGUAUAAUUAAUAGCUUGGAAAUCAGUUGUGUUAUUUAUACCCUUUUUCACUGAAUUAUAAAUGCAUAUUUUUGGAACAUUUAGGUUAUAUUUUGAUUUAUUUCAAGAAUAUUUAAAGCUAACAUUUUCCAAUAAAAAAUUGUUAACAGGCAUUUUAAUAUAUCUACCCGUCAAGCCAUUCUGUAAGGCAUGCUUGUGCAUGACUUUUAACAGGCCACUCUCACCAAAUCUCCUUAUAUGCAUUAAAUGUAAGACCUCCUAAAUGUCCUUCUUAAGUAUGCAUUCUAGAAGUCCUCCAACAAAUAGCGAAUGCAAGGCCUUGCUACCAAUGAAACACCAUGUAUUAUUCAAAUAUGUUACUCAAUUUCAUGUUCUCUUAUUAUUCUAUACUGCAGUGAUGCUUCAUAUUAAAAUAUUAUUUAUAGAAAUAUUUAAAUAUUCAACUGACACAUGUCAAAGUUGUAAAUGUUCAUACAUAUAAGAGAAUGUAACUGUAUUAAUAUUUCCUUCCACCCUAAUUUUUUCUCUAUUUAGUGAAAUUUUUUUUUACACAUUAUGUUUUAUGUCAUCAUUUAAUAUAUAUGUAAAUUUGUGUGUGAUUAAAUGUAUUUUUAGUUAAAAUUUUUUUAUAUAUAUAAUUUUUUAUACAAAACGAUAUUUUUCUGUGACAUAAUUUUUAAAUACAUAUUCAAUAUUAUUAUAAAAUAUAAAUUUAAUAAUAUUAAAAAAAAAUUAAAUGAAACAAAAA